AUGCGGCAAGGGGCUGUUGAUGCGGAUUUCUUCAGGGCCGUGGCGGCAAAGGAUUUGGCACUCCUGCGGCGGCUUAUAGCGGCUAAAAGGGAUGUCAACACGCGUGGCGAGCGUAAUCGCACUCCGUUGCAUGUGUGUGUGUGGGACAACUAUGUGGAUGGGGCACGCGCCCUGCUGGAGGCAGGCGCCGACAUAAACCUGUUUGAUGAUCUGCAUGACACGCCGUUUCUCCUUGCGGGUGCGGAGGGCCGUGUGGAGAUCAUGAAGUAUAUGCUGAAGUAUGCCAAGCCGGACUUGACGCUGCGCAAUCGUUACGGUGGUUCGGCGCUGAUUACGGCAUGUGAGCGGGGACACGUAGAGAUGGUAAACAUGCUGAUAAAUGCCGGCGUCAAUGUGGACCACGUGAACGAUUUUGGGUGGACGGCACUGCUGGAAGUGUUGGAGCUCGGCGGCGACGACUUGGACCACGUUGAGAUCACAAGGGCGCUGCUCGCGGCCGGAGCGGAUGUAAACCUUGCCGACAAGGAAGGGAGGUCGCCACUGUACGUGGCAAAAAAGCACAACCUGAAGCGCAUCAGCAAACUUCUCGAGGAGGCGGGUGGCCGAGCUUAA